AUGUUUCGUGAGCCAGGCUCAGGUGCGUCGUCGUGUUCCGUUCCCUCGUACCUUAGCCGUAGCGCAGGCGCUCCCCGGGCGAGGAAAGGCGAGGUUGGAAAUGCACAGCCGGACCUAGCCCUGACUCGAUGUCUCACCGGUCAAGGAAUGGUAUCCGUACACCUAUCCGCAAAAAGAGGUCUUCAAGUCCUCGUGGAUGAUGGGCAGAAACUGGGACCUGUAGGCGGUGCGCAGGGCAAGGAGCGGAUAGAUAUUGGUUAUCUGGACAAGUUGAGAUUAGUGCGAGACCAAGAGCGCAAGGUGGUCAAAAGGAGAUGGAAGGAGAGAAGUGGGAGGGGGCCCGGCCCAGGUGUGGCGCCCGAGCACCGAAAGCUGCAGUGCGGGCUGGGAUCACCCGUGCGAGUCCCGCUGGUCACUUCGGCCACGCCCGUCGAGUCGUUGACACACUUCUACAUGUGCCGGUCGACUCGUGGCAAUGAUGCAAAGACUCGCGGCGCCGGGUGA